ACCACCAAGAGGGGGCGUGGCUACGACCAAAGGGGCGGGGACUCGGAGCCGCGGUCACGUGAGGCGGGCGGCUCAAGCCGCGCUGCGUCGGUGUCAUGGCGGCCCCGUCAGAGACCGAGCGGCUGCUGGGCCGCGGGCCCGCGUACGGGAGCACGGAGCCGCCGGGGGUGGCGGAGGAAGAGGAGCUGCGCCGCCGGCUCAAGUACUUCUUCAUGAGCCCCUGCGACAAGUACCGGGCCCGCGGCAGGCGGCCCGUGAAGCUGGGCCUGCAGCUGGCCAAGAUCCUGCUCGUCACCGUCCAGCUCAUCCUGUUUGGGCUCAGCAACCAGAUGGUGGUGACCUUCAAGGAGGAGAACACCAUCGCCUUCAAGCACCUCUUCCUCAAGGACUACGUGGAUGGGGCUGAGGACUCCUACGCGGUCUACACCCAGCAGGACCUCUACGAGCGCAUGUUCUAUGCUGUGGAGAAGGUGAGGGGCAUGCUUGGGGACAACAAAG